AUGAUUGAACAGUUUGAUAAAAAAGAAGAUUUCCACGAUACCUUGCCAAAAAAUAAUAACAAAAAUAAUAAAAAUAUAAUUGAGCAGAAAUUACGAAAUGAUGGGAAAAUAAACGAUGAUAUUUAUUUGAAUAUAACUCAAUUGAUAACAAAAUAUAAAUAUAGCGUGGAAGUGUAUGAGGUUAUCACGCCAGAUGGAUAUGUAAUAAAAAUAUUCAGGAUACCAGGAAAUGGUGCUGUUGUCUUCCUUAUGCAUGGUCUAAUAAGUAGCGCAGAUGACUGGAUAUCCGGUGGAGUGGAAAGCGGACUGGCGUAUCUUCUAGCACAGCUGGGCUAUGAUGUAUGGAUGGGUAAUGCAAGAGGAAAUAAGCAUUCAAGAUCUAACAUUUAUAUUGACCCAUCAGAAAAGAAAUUCUGGGAUUUUAGUUUCCACGAAAUAGGUAUGAUUGAUGUACCAACAAUGAUUGAUUUUGUACUGGAAAAAACGAACAAAUCCUCAUUAAUAUACAUCGGCCACUCACAAGGCACUACAGCUUUUUUUAUUAUGUGUUCUUUAAGGCCCGAGUAUAAUAAAAAAAUAACCUUAAUGAUAUCAUUGUCACCUGUCGCAUGGUUAUCACACAUGAAAAGUCCCGUACUUAAUAUUUUAAAGCCAUUUUAUGGGGAACUAGUGUUUCUGGCAUCAGCUUUAGGCGUCGUGGAAGUAGUUCAAGAUUCACGUGUUCUGCGAGGGUUACAGAAGAUGUUUUGCGGUGAUAAGUGGAAAAUAUUAAAAAAAUAUGGAUCUCUAACACCUCCGUCUUAUCCUGUAGAAAAAAUAACAGCACCAGUUGCACUUUUCUAUGGAGAAGGCGAUUGGCUCUCUGACGUCAGUGAUGCCCAAAUUUUAAAAUCCCGCUUACCGAAUUUAGUUGAAUUUUACCGAGUAGAUGAUGAAAACUUUUCUCACUUUGAUUUUAUUUAUGCUGCUGAUACGAAGAAUUUAUUAUUAGCAAAUAUUUUAAGAUUAAUAAAAAAGAUUCACUGA